CUUCCUAUGGGGAUUUGUGUGUGAAGAUAUCGCAAAUGCACCACCACACUAAGACAUGUGUAUGCAUAACUUACUAACAUUUGUGUGUUGCUUUCAGAUCAAGACACCUCUACAUCAUCCGAGGUAGCUGUGGAACCCCCAUCUGGACAGCCGCAAAAGCCACCACCAUUCCGGUCUCCUGAGAACUCUGAGACGUUUGCAGAAGGAAAAGGAGAAGAAGAAGUGCCAGAGGAUGAACAAGAAGACCAGAAAGAACAAGAAGACCAGAAAGAUCAAGACACAGCUGAACCCCCUACAGCUAAUGAAGUGUUGGCAGAUGUGGACCGGGAACAGGGUGUGGCAAGUCCGCUCAAAACUCCGCCACCGAAACCAGCCCCACUUGAAAUGCCCCCUCCUUCAGACAACCCCACUACUCCUGCAGAAACAGGAGAUGAGAACGGUACGGUUGAAAAAGAGGCCGAACCACCCGAGAAUAUUUUCUACACAGUUGUUGCUACUCAUCUCUACCAGGGUGAAGAUGAAGACGAACUAACAUUCGAGAAGGGAGCCAUCAUUUUUGUGGUGCCUUACGAAGACCCAGAUGAUGAGGCAAGUAUAGAGUAUCAAAUUUGUUAG